AGAGUUUCGUUUCUGAUGUAUAAAAAUUGUCAGAGGAAGUACAACGGCGCUCGAGAAAUAAUCCAGUUUAGAAGAAAUAUACUACAUAAACAAUUCAAAAAAUGUUUCAUUCACCAGAAUAUAGAAAUACUUUGUCACUGCAUUUAUCUGAGGUAUUAGAGGAUAUUGGUGUCAAUGAAGAUAUGGUGAUGAAAAGAAGGAGACAAAAUAUGCUGGUGGAGAAUAUUAUAACCGUAGGACAGAGAUCAAUGGGUUUAAACCUGUCUGUAUACUAUCUUGGGAGUCAGUCUGAAGGUACAACUACAUUAGGUCUCAAAUCAGAUGCUGACAUACUGCACGUGAAUUAUGGUUGUAAUGUAAUACAGGACUUGUCAGAGUGGAAACAGAAUCAAUUCAAUCUUCUCAUGAUACAUGAUAAGGAGUAUGUAACACCUGGAUAUUGUUUCCUACAACUACUUCGACCUGAUAAGCCUGAAUUUGAGACAGUCCUUUAUAACGAAUGUAUUGGUAAAGAACAUUUUAUCAAAGACAGUAGUGGGAGAAUUUUAUUGAAAAAUACAUUCUAUUGUGGUUUAUAUGAAGAUUCUGAGAGACACGGGCCAUCUAAUGCUGUCCCCGGGGGAAAAGGAUACAGUGAUAUUGACAUAGUUUAUGCUAUGAAUUGUAAUUCAUUGCCACAAUCAACUUCGUAUUUCCUAAACAGACAAAGCAUAGGGAGAUGGCCAACGUCUGAAAUGAUCAGAUAUAUUUCUAGUAAUGGUUGUUGUCUUGUUGGUGCUAGCAGUAAGAUAAGUACUUACCCAGAAUUAGAAUGGAGGAAAUCCACAUCAUUAGGAGAAAGAUACCUAAUGUUUAAUCUAAACAUAACACAAAUACAUUGUUAUGUUUUGAUGAAAAUUAUUUUGAAAACUUCUCUUACAUCUCAAAGUGCUUUGAGUAGUUAUAUGUGUAAAACUGUAUUGUUACACUGUAUACAAAAGACCGACCAAAAUAUUUGGAAAAAAAACAAUCUUUUCACCUGUUUAACAUAUUGCUUGCUUGAACUGCAAAGCUAUAUUCAAAAUGAAAAUUGCCCUCAUUUUAUAAUUCCAGAAAACAACCUAAUGGCCGGAAAUUUUACUGCUGAAGAAAAGCUUGUUAUUGAACGGGGUAUAAGUGACAUAAUACAGAGUGAUGGUGACUUUUUGUUUAAAAUUAAUUUGGAUCAUAUUUGGUUUCGACUAAAUGAAAAAGGUGAAGAAAAUUGUUUUCCUAAUCCAUAUGGUUGCCCAAAAGAAGUUAUUAAAUUAAAAAAAAAAGCAGAACAUAUACUCGAUAAAUCAAAAUUUAAAAGUUACACAAUUAUCGUUCAAAGUCCUCUUGAAAUAAAUGAGUUUAUUUCUUAUAAGUUAAAUUAUGAUAUAGCAGUACGUAUAAGCGAUAUGAUAUUAUGCUUUUAUGGAGGCUUGUCACAUCAAAGAAAUCAUAUACUAGACGAACUUAAACGAUAUAUCUUAAAGCUAGUACACUAUAGCUUACAAGGAAACAGAUUAGAAAAGCUUGCAAGCCGUUGUCUUGUACCGUUCCUUUUCUCCAGCCUUGGAUCGAUAAUGGCAUCAUCAAAUAUUCAACAGAAUAUUGCAGUUCAAUAUCAAGCACUUAAGUGGCUCUCAUUGGGUUUAAAAUCGGAUGUGACAUCCGGCGGACUUAAACUAGCGUCAGUGUUGUAUUGCGCAGGUGAUAUGGAUAAAGCGGAGUUAACUCUAAAACAAAUUGACAAUCGGUACAACUGUGAUGUUGUUGAAUCUAUAUGUGCUUGCUCGGCUUACCCAUUGUCAAACCGUUCUGCAGAACUUGUGAGAAAUUUUUGCAAACAGAACGAAUAUUGCAUCAAUCGAGCAACAUCAUUUUGUGUAAGAUUCAUGCAAAUGGAAAUCAGCUGUGUUCCUCGAGAAUUACAAUAUGAAAUGAUGAGAUCUACGCAAGGUGACAUGCAACACAGAAAGCAGAGAGAAAGCGCUUGGAUGAACUUUGCAGUGGUUGAUUCUCUUCCUUUUCUCUUCUUUUUACAGUACAAGGCAUACGGACAUCUACAAACACAUCAGGACCAACAACGUGCACUUAAAAGCCUUGCGAGAACAACCGUAUCUGAUAAAAACCUUGGCCACAGAGAAACAGCUCUAAAUCUUCUUGGCCAAUGUAUGGAGGAGGACAACAAAUGCAAGGGGGCAUUACAGUGUUUUAUGAUUUCUCGUCAAUUACGAGAAAGGAACAACGCCGCAAAUUUUCACAUUUGCAAUUUAUUACUAAAAUAUGUCUCUCGCAUGCAGCUCUAAGUGCAGUAUGAUUUGUAGGCCCCCCUUCGAAGAAAAGGUGGUAUAUUGUUUUGAUAAUGUCAGUGGGUCGUCAGUGGGUCGUCUGUCGGUCUGUCUGUCGGUAGAUCACAUGGUUUCCGCUGAUUAUCUUAAAAACUUUAAUCACAAAGUCUUUAUAUUUUACAUACUGUUUGAUUAUAUCUAGUAGAUGAACUCCAUUGAUUUUUGGGCCACUAGGUUAUAGAUCAAGGUUAAGGGGCCUUUAAUGCCAUAAUGUUUUCUGCUGAUUAAUUUAUAAAUUGUUCAUCACAAAGUCUUUAUAUUUCACAUACUGAUUGGUCAUAACUAGUAGAUGACUUCUAUUGACGUUCGGGUCACUAAGUCAAGGGUCAAGGUCACAGGGGCUUUAACUGUCAGAAUGGUUUUCUCUGACUAUCUUGAAAAAUAUUCAUCAUAAAAUAUUCAUAUUUGACAUACUGAUUGGUCAUGACUAGUAUAUUACCCUAUUGAUUUUUGGGUCACUAGGCCAAAGGUCAACGUCAUGUCGGAAUGGUUUCGCUGAUUAUCUUAAAAAUUAUUUAUCACAAAGUCCUUAUAUUUUUUAUACAGAUUGGUCAUAUUUAGUUGAUAACCCCUGUUGAGUCACUGGGUUAAAGGUCAAGGUCACAGGGGCCUUAAAUAUCAGAAUGUUUUUGCUGAUUAUCUUGAUUACUAUUCAUCAUAAAGUCUUUAUUUUUGACAAACUAAUUAGUCAUAACUAGUUAAUGAUGCCUAUCAAUUUUCUGGUAACUAGGUCAAAGGUCAAAAUUGCCUUAACUGUCAGAAUGAUUUCCCUUGACUAUAUUGAAAACAAUUUAACACAAAAUCUUCAUAUUUCACAUACUGAUGGUCAUAACUAGUAUAUUACCCUAUUGAUUUUUGGGUCACUAGGUCAAAGGUCAACGUCACAGGGGCUUGAAUGAUCAGAAUGGUUUCCGCUGAUUAACUUGAAUAAUAUUCACAAUGAAGUCUUUGUAUUUCACAUACUGAUUGGUCAUAACUAGUAAAUGACCCCCAUUGAUUUUCGGAUCACUUGAUCAAAGGUCAAGUUCACAGGGGCCUUUAAUGUCGGAAAAGUUUCCGCUGCUUAUCUUGAAAAAUAUUUAUCACAAAUUCUUCAUAUUUAAAUACUGAUUGAUCAUAACUAUUACAUGACCUCUAUUGAUUUUCGGGUUACUAGGUCAAAUGCCCAGUUCACUAGGACCUUAAAUGUCAGAAUGAUUUCCGCUGAUUAUCUUGAAAACGAUUCAUCGAAAAGUCUUCGUAUUUCACAUACUGAUUGGUCAUAACUGGUAGAUUACACCUUUUGUUUUUAGGUAAUUAGGUCAAAGGUCAAGGUCAAAUGGCCCUAAUUGUCAGAAUGGUUACAUUAAUACGAUUAUAUAUUUUUUAUUCCCUCCAACUUUUAUAACUUAUUAAUGAUAUCUUUCAUUCAGUUUCAGGUAAUAUAUUUGUCAUUAUUUUUUCCUUAGCUGAACACUUACAUGUUCCUAUUUAUAGAAUGGAUAGUUAAUUGUUUCACAAAAGUUUAAGACAAUACUUUUCUACAGAUGGAUUUGUGUGGUCAGAAUCCGACAUGCACAUCAGACUUCCACACAGGAAAAAUCUUUUCAAACAAAAUUUGUUUGAAAUUUGAUAAUGUUUUUUUACGAACUAGUAUAAUAAAUUUUACAAAUUUAUCAGAAUACGUAUCUAUGGGUAGCCUUGGUUAUAAGAAAUAUGCUCUUAUCAGUGUGUUUUAAACGCUUUUAUCCCUAAUAUUGUGUUACAUAGAAUAAUAUUUUAUUAUGAAUGGACAUGAGCUAAAUUAGGUUUCUUAAAAGUGUUUUUACAUUUAUAUCCAGAUGAAAUUGAUAUCGGUAUCUGAAACAAAAGAAGGCUUGCAUAAAGGUUUAUUGUUAUUGGAGAAUAAUUGUAAGAGGUUUACUGUUAAUAUUAAGAAAACGUAUAUGAUAAUUUUGAGAAAAGGGAGACUCCAACAUUUAAUUUCAUGUAAAGAUUGCCGAAAUAUUCACUUAUUGAGGAGUAGUCUAUACAACCGGUGGAUAUUUUAAUACUUCUUUUCAAACACUAUCUAGUCAGGCUUUGAAGGCAUUAUUUGAAUUACAACCAGAUUUGCUUAAAUACUCGUGUAUAACUGUGAAUAAUAAAUAAAACCUUUUUGAUAAAUUCAACUCACUAAUUUUGAAUCAUGCUUUAGAGAUAAACGGUCUAUAUGAUAGUUGUAAAUUAGAAACAAGUGCAUUAAAAUGUUUGUAAAAGAAUGUUAGGCCUCAGAGUACAAAACAGAACAGUUUUAUUUAUCGAGAACUAGGAAGAACAAACUUGAAAUGCAAAAGAAUUGUAAGUGUAAUAAAUACUGGCUUAAAAUUAUACAACUUGAAGUUGUAAAACAUAUUGAAAUAGCAUAUGAUUUAUUGUACAGACAGUUAUAUGUAACACCUAGAAGUAUUAGAGAUUUAUUACAGUCACUUGGUUUUAAUGAUGUAUGGUUAUCCAAAGGUGAAGGCAAUGUCAUGUAUUUAUUAGUUAAGUAAAACAAAGAGUCAAUGAUGUUUUUGUCCGAGAUUGGUUUUCAAAAAUAAAUGACGAAACUUAAGCUUGUACGUAUGUAUUGAUUGCAGUCUUUAGAUUGCAAAAGUACUUAAUCUGUAUUCAUAUUGAAAAUUUUAGAAUAGCGUUGUCCCGGCUCAGAGUUUAUUCACAUAGACUUAAGACUGAAAUAAACCUAGUGCUAUACAUUUUGAUGAUAGAAAAUGUAAAAAUAGUUUUUUUUUUUUAAAGAUCAAUUUCACUUCAUUUUAGAAUGUUAGCGAUAUGCUGAUUCACGAAUUUUUUAUAAAGAAAUAAUGGAAAAGACCAAAUAUACCCUAAUUUGUUGCAUUGAUGAAUUCAGAAAAUGAAAUUUAAAAAGAAAUUUGAAACUUAUCAUUGUAUAUAUUUCAAGAUUUCGAUGUUCGAAACACUAUUCUUUACAGUUAAUGAAAAGUCUGUCCGGAUCGCUGUAUCACUGUUUCGUAUAUAUAUAUCUAUUUUUGUUUUGUUUUGUGAUUUACUCUAUUAGAUAUUUAUUUAACACUUUCUGAUUGCUUAAAGUACUGUGUAACUUAAUGAUAUAAAUUAUGUUUCAUAAAGUAUUGACAUUGACCAUUUGACUAUGGAGGGCGUUCGUUGCCAAAAUUCCAGACAUGUAAAGUGUUCCUUUUUAAAAUGACUUUUGAAAAUGCGAACUUGUAUGCCUACCAUUUUUAUUGUAUGCCUCUUAAUUCAAUCUUUUAAUUGAAGGUUACCGCCUUUAUAUAACAAGUUUACAUAUAUAUCGUAACAACUGACCUAACAUCUAAAACGACAACAAAUUUACAAGUUCGUAUCUUCCAUUGCAUGCAAUACAUACGCAUGUUUGUACACUUAUAGAUCUGUAAUAUACAAAUGAAAUGUAAAACUCGAAUACGGAAAAUAGAGUUUAAGAAAACGUGCUACCAGUUGUAGAACUACAAGAGUACGUUAACACAGUAACAUGUUUAAAAUGACAAAAGUAGAUUCACAAAGUUAAACGAUUUUAAGUCAAGCAUAACGCCCCGCCCCUCUCGGAGUAUUUACGAACUUCUAUUGCGGACAGGUAUAAAACGGCGCCUCUCCCAUAUUUUUAAAUAAAACUGAAGGACAACAUACGGCAUUUUUCAUAACAUAUAUAUGUUACAUUUGUUACAAAAGUUUUGUCACUAGCAACAUCACUUGAAAAUUGCUGAUUUUACCAUUUAUGAUAACUUGUGCAUUACCUUAUUAUUUAACAUCGUGUUCUUAUCAGUUACAAAUUAUUUAUCAUUUUAGUGAUUAGCCUGUCCGUGCUAUGCCUAGUGCCCUGUCCUGUGUUUUGUUUGGGGUCCGCCUGGGCUUCUUGCCACUUGUUCUUGUUGCUGGGUCAUGUAGGGUUGCGUUCAUUGAGCGCCGCCUUUCCUUGUUGAUCUUGUUUAUCAUAUAUUCCUGAGAAACAUCGGCGAUUUGGAAAUUUUUAGGGGAAACAAUGACCAACUUCAAGGGAGUAAUUUUAUUGAUAAUGUAAAAGCCAUCCAAUAUUCUUAUUGGUAUCAUUGAAAAAUGUAUUGGCACAAAUUUCAUUUUCAACAAAAACUAUGCAAGUAUUUGCAAAAAUAGGAUUUUAAAGCGGCCACCGAGAUUUCCUUUCCGAAAUCAAGAAAAUACUUAUCCGUAGCACAUAUGUACAAUCUUUAAUAAGGUAUUUUCAGUAUGAAUAAAAACUUUUUGCACUUGUUCAUUAUCCCUCAUGUACAGACUCAAUCAAACCGAGUCUGCAAGUCUUAUGUAAUUUUGUAGUGAUUAGUGCUUCCGAGGGAUCACUUUGUUUCCAGAUUUUAAUACUUCACAACAGCAGGUGUCAAGUGCCGUGUGGCAGCUGUAAAAAGUUGCCCCGUACUUCACUUCAGUGUUUUUCUGGUCCUUCGGGAUCAUUGAUGCCAGCGCUAUUAAGUGUUGAGAAUUGAGUACCGUUCAAGCCGGUGGUAGGGGGCGUGAGGGAUGUUGCACUUGUUCAUUAUCCCUCAUGUGCAGACUCAAUUAAACCGAAUCUGCAAUUCUUAUGUAAUUUUGUUGUGAUUAAUGCUUCCGAGGGAUCACUUUGUUUCCAGAUUUUUAAUAUACUUGUUCAAAGCUUAUGGUCUUAAAUUUCAUUCAAUAUUCAAUUUCCUUUUUGAAUAAAGUAUCUAAAGGAAGCGACGUUAUUUUUUUCCGAAUAUAUGAGUGUGGAUUUAAGAGAAAAAAUAAACAACGAUAAAUUAGAAACAAUUUUUUUUUAAUACUUCUACAUAAUUAAUUUUCAUUUUUAAGGCAUCACUAGAAAGUUCAUAAAGGAUUCUUUUACUUGAGUCUAAAAUUAUCAACGCCGCCUUUCCUUGAUGAUCUUGUUUAUUAUCAAAAUUGACCAAGAAAUAAAAAAAGUAAGUAGGGGGCGCCAUGUUUUUCUUACUGAAUUUCAGAGUGUGUUUUUUUUUACUUGGGGAUCAUAUGCCGUUUUUCAUGGUAUGGCACUUACGUGUCACAUUGAAGGUUCCGUGAUAAUCGCCAUAUUAACACAUCUGCGGAUGUUUCAAAAUUGUACCAGUUCAUGUUGAAUUUUGCUUAAGCCGGUGCUAGGGGGCGUGGACGAUAACUUGCUCUUUCCAUUACCGUCCAUGAGCAGUCUCAAUCAAACCGGGCCUGCAACAUUCUCAAUUUUGUCGUUUUGAGCGUUCUUUAGGGAUUCUUAUUUUCUCUAUUUUACAGAAAGUAACAUGAUAAACUUUUUAACGAAAAGUUAAUUCAGUUUGAUUUAAUUCAUUUUUAUUUUUAGGCAUUAUAUAAUUAUAUAUCAUAAAUCGUAUGAAGCACACUUUUAUUUCAAUCCAAAAUUAUCAAAAUAUAUUACGAACUUAAAAAAAAGUUUGGAGGAACGCCGUGUUUUUCUUACCAAUUCGAGAAGGUUAUUUUCAGAGUAAAAAAACCUAAAAAUUCAAUACAUCUAUUUAAUUCAUUUUUAUUUCCGAGGCACUCAUAGAAAGCUUAUGGAGUAAUCUUUCAUUUGAUACCAAUAAUAUUGGACUUUUUAUAGAAAUAAAAAAAAGUUAGAAUGGACGCCGUGUUUUCCUUCACUUUAGAGAGGCGACGGGUAUUAUACCUGUCCGUACAUUUCCGUGAUAGAAGAUCGUAAUUACUCAGAGAGAGGCGGGGCGUCAUGCAUGACUUAGAAUCGUUUAACUUUGUGAAUCUACUUUUGUCAUUUUAAACAUGUAACUGUGUAAACGUACUGUUGUAGUUCUACGACUGGAACACGUUUUAUUAAAUUAUAUUUUCUGCAUUCGAGUUUUACAUUUCAUUUGUGUUUUUCAGGUACAGAUAUAUAUUUACAAGUGUGUAAACAUGCUUAUGUAUUAUAUGCAAUGGUAGAUACGAACUUGUAAAUGUGUUGUUGUUCUCCAUGUUAGGUCCAUAAUCCAUAUGUGUAACGCAUAGGUCAGUUGUUAAGAUUUACAUGUAAACUUGUU